UUUUUUUUUUACUUCCCUUUGUUCAAGAAUGGUUUCUCAUCUACUUCCUCGAAGAAAAUCACCAGUAGUGAUAGUAUUCUGUUUAUUAUCUAUCCUUUUAAUAUUAUUUCUACAUUCUUCUACUUUACAACGACCUCCUUCUCUUUCUUCAUCCACAGUGAUCGAUAAUAAUAAUAAUAAUAUUCCCAUCACGUCGUCAACCGAAUCGUCUUCAUCUUCAAUCAUACCCGUUGUCUUUCCUGAACCAUUCACUUUUCAUACACCAACAGCUGAUGAAAAAUUCAUAACCUAUCUUCCACACUCUGGUUUUCACAAUCAACGUAUUGAAUUGGAAAAUGCUUUACUGUUGGCUUUUUAUUUAAACCGCACACUUCUUGUUCCUGAUGUUUAUCUGGGCAAUCCAGCCAUGCCAUGGUUACGUUUUGAUAAGAUGUACGAACGAAUACUAUUACAAACAAAACGCGGAUUGGAUCACUGUCUUUUGAUUCCUCGGGGUGCUCCUUAUCCAAUGGAAUGUUUGAAUUAUAAUCGAUGGACCAAAGUACCCUGGACAUUUUUCUAUGAUCUAAAGCCACUUACUUCACAAGUACGGAUAGUUUUACGACCUGAUCUGAGCAUUCAAUGGUUAGAAUCGACCUUGGGAUUAAAUCAAAAAACUGAUAUUCAUUUUCUAAAGGAUGUAUCACCGUAUGAAUUCCGAGUGUAUGAUCACAUGCAGUCCAAGACACCACUGUCGAAAUUUAUGCAUAGGUACGAUGUCGCCACGCUGGAAGCCAUGGAUGCAACACUUCUUCAUUUUGGAUCGGUAUUUGGUACUCAUCGUGUAUUAGCGCAACAAGCGGCUCAUGCGGCAUGGUUGAAGCAAAUAAGAACGCAUUUGAUUUUCCGUAAUCCUGUUCUGGUGAGUACGGCACAAAAAGUGGUGGAUCAACUAGGUGGCGUAGGCUCGUUUGUUGGAUUACAUAUACGUGUGGGUGAUGGCUUAUUCAAGGUGCGGGCAUCGAUCAAUAUAGAUGAUAUCUAUCAUUCACUAGUGAAUCAAUUCACGGAUUUGACUUUGGAAGAACUCGAACAAUUGGAUGCGAAUCACGACGAAGAUAGAAAGGAACGUACGGAUUACGAAGUGAAAACUUUACGACAAAUCACCAAUGUCUCAUCAGCAAUGCCACUCGUUGUAGAUCACACAGGCUAUGAACAAGAUAUUUCCUCUUUAUGGAUCGGUGAUACCCCUCCUUCUACCCUUGAUUCUCAGUUAUCAUGUCACAAACGGAAAAAGGAUAACAGUAAUAAUGUCAAUGUCACUCGAUUCAGUCGCGCCAUUAUCUAUAUCGCUACCGAUGCUCCCAAUCCAAAAGAACAUCCGUUACUGCGUAAAAUUUAUAAUACAUUCCCAUGUGUUUUUGAUUUAUCUGAUUUUGCCUUUGUGUUUGACGCAUUACGCCAAGUCCACGUGGUAGAGGAAAAUGUACAAUUAGAUGAUUACUUGAUUCCCAUGUUAGAUGCUAUUAUUGCUGCUCAUGGUCACCACUUUUUCGGUACAAAGGAUAGUACUUUUACAAGUUAUAUUGAACGUCAACUUCAUCCUGUUUAUACACACAAAGAAGUCAAACUUGCUGGUCCCCCUGUUAUUCGUUAAAUAUUAAUAAUAAUAAAGAUUCUUUUCCUUCUAUAUCAAUAUAAAACAAAUAUUAUUCUUUCAAUAAAUAUAUAUAUUC